GUGACUGAAGUUCAAACCCGGGCGCAGGCGUAUUCGUCUCUCUUCCAUCCUGCUUCCUUAGCCCUGGAGUUUGUCCCGGCUUGGGUGGGCCUCCACAGCGGCGGCACCGGCCACGGCGGUAGUGACAGGGACUGCGUGAGUCCGGACGGAAAUGGCGAUGGCGAUGUCAGACAGUGGGGCGAGCCGGCUGCGGCGGCAGCUGGAGUCGGGCGGCUUCGAGGCGCGGCUGUACGUGAAGCAGCUCUCGCAGCAGUCGGACGGGGACCGGGACUUGCAGGAGCACCGACAGCGCAUCCAGGCGCUGGCGGAGGAGACGGCGCAGAACCUGAAGCGCAACGUCUACCAGAACUACCGGCAGUUCAUAGAGACGGCCCGUGAGAUCUCCUACCUGGAGAGCGAGAUGUAUCAGCUUAGCCACCUGCUGACGGAGCAAAAGAGCAGCCUGGAGAGCAUCCCGCUUACCCUGCUGCCGGCUGCCGCUGCCGCGGGCGCCGCCGCCGCCUCUGGAGGGGAGGAGGGAGGAGGUGGAGCGGGGGGCCGCGACCACCUCCGGGGCCAGACCGGCUUUUUCCCCAGCCCCGGGGGCGCCUCCCGGGACGGUUCUGGGCCAGGCGAGGAAGGAAAGCAGCGAACCCUCACCACCCUGCUUGAGAAGGUGGAAGGCUGCAGGCACCUGCUGGAGACGCCGGGACAGUACCUAGUGUACAAUGGUGACCUGGUGGAAUACGAGGCGGACCACAUGGCCCAGCUGCAGCGGGUGCACGGCUUUCUCAUGAACGACUGUUUGCUGGUGGCCACCUGGCUGCCACAGCGGCGGGGGAUGUAUCGCUACAACGCCCUCUAUCCCCUGGAUGGUUUGGCUGUGGUCAAUGUCAAGGACAACCCACCCAUGAAGGACAUGUUCAAGCUGUUAAUGUUUCCCGAGAGCCGUAUUUUUCAGGCAGAAAAUGCAAAAAUCAAACGGGAGUGGCUGGAAGUGCUGGAGGAAACCAAGAGGGCCCUCAGUGAAAAAAGACGCAGGGAACAGGAGGAGGCAGCGGCCCCUCGAGGGCCACCCCAAGUGACCCCCAAGGCCAGUAACCCGUUUGAGGACGAAGACGACGACGAACCAACUGUUCCCGAGAUAGAAGAAGAGAAGGUGGACCUCUCAAUGGAAUGGAUCCAAGAAUUGCCUGAAGACCUGGAUGUCUGUAUUGCCCAGAGGGAUUUUGAAGGUGCCGUUGACCUGCUGGAUAAAUUGAACCAUUAUCUAGAAGACAAGCCCAGCCCACCUCCUGUCAAAGAACUGAGGGCGAGAGUGGAUGAGCGUGUCCGCCAGCUCACCGAGGUGCUAGUUUUUGAACUCUCCCCGGAUCGGUCCCUGAGAGGUGGUCCCAAGGCGACCCGCAGGGCAGUUUCUCAACUAAUCCGACUUGGCCAGUGCACGAAGGCUUGUGAGCUGUUUCUGAGAAACAGGGCGGCAGCCGUGCACACCGCAAUACGCCAGCUCCGCAUUGAAGGGGCCACCUUACUCUACAUUCAUAAGUUGUGCCACGUUUUCUUUACCAGCCUUCUGGAGACCGCCAGGGAAUUUGAGACCGACUUUGCAGGCACCGACAGUGGCUGCUACUCUGCCUUUGUGGUCUGGGCGAGGUCAGCCAUGGGCAUGUUCGUGGAUGCUUUCAGCAAGCAGGUGUUCGAUAGUAAGGAGAGCCUCUCCACAGCGGCUGAGUGUGUCAAAGUGGCGAAGGAGCACUGUCAGCAACUGGGCGACAUCGGACUCGACCUCACCUUCAUCAUCCACGCCCUUCUGGUGAAAGACAUCCAAGGAGCCUUGCAUAGUUAUAAAGAAAUCAUCAUCGAAGCCACUAAGCAUCGCAACUCCGAGGAGAUGUGGAGGAGGAUGAACUUGAUGACUCCAGAGGCCCUGGGGAAACUCAAAGAGGAAAUGAAGAGCUGUGGGGUGAGUAACUUUGAACAAUACACGGGGGAUGACUGCUGGGUGAACCUGAGUUACACGGUGGUCGCGUUCACGAAGCAGACCAUGGGCUUCUUAGAAGAGGCACUGAAGCUGUAUUUCCCAGAGCUGCACAUGGUGCUUUUGGAGAGCCUGGUGGAGAUCAUUCUGGUUGCUGUCCAGCAUGUGGAUUACAGCCUUCGGUGUGAGCAAGAUCCAGAGAAGAAAGCUUUUAUCAGACAGAACGCAUCCUUUCUGUAUGAAACAGUCCUCCCCGUGGUGGAAAAAAGGUUUGAGGAGGGUGUGGGGAAACCUGCCAAGCAACUCCAGGACCUGAGAAAUGCCUCCAGACUGAUUCGAGUGAAUCCCGAAAGUACAACGUCAGUGGUCUGACACCUGGACCUGUUUAUGUGUAGCCCUAUAGAUUGCUUAUAUAUUAUUUAUAUUUAUAUUAAGUUGUAUUAGCAUAUUCUUUAUACUCUCAAACACAUCUUAAAAGAUGCUCUCUCAGAUAGAAAUGCAAAAUCAAAGGAAAAAAAUGUUAAGCCCAUAUAACAAAAACAUUGGAAUUAUUAAAAUAACUAAUAUGCCUUCCUUUUAAGGUAUGCUAACUCUCUAGUGAAUAUAUUGUCACAGUAUAGCGUUUCAGCUUAUCCUUUGACUCAACACACUUUCUCACAGUAUAGAUUAUGCGGUGCAGAUAGAACAGUGCCUGUAAAUACACAGAGUGUGUAGUGAAAGUCUCCCAGUUCACUGAAAUGUUAGGUUUCUGAAAGGAUAAAGUGCCAAUAAAACACCCUGCUUCAUAUUCUUGUGGACCGUAAAAUGUGUGUGAACAGUUUCGGGGAAAGGGAAGGAGUUGAGAAAAUUGGCUUUAGGGUAAACUUUGGUCAACAGAAUUCCUUCAUGAAAGUAGCUAAUGUGUGGAGUCUAAUACUCCAGUCCUUAUAGUUCACAAGAGGAAGCUUUUGUAAGCACAGUUUAGCAAGCAUUUACAACCUGAUUUAAAUGGUUCAUUAGUUGUAGCUGCUAAUUAGCAGCUUGAUAACACUUGAUUUGGGUGCAUUUACUUGAAAAUCUGAAGAACUGUGAUAAAAUUUUUUUUUGUACAUAUCUCUGAGUUGUCUAAAGUUCCAGCUGGAGCUUUUCCUUGUCAUGUUAAGAAUAAUAAAGAAAACAAGACACAUUGUUAAUAAUAAAGAUAACCCACUUUUAGUGUGGGUUACAUAAAGUGAAUCAGACUUCAUGCAAAUGAGAGCAAAGUUUUCAUUGAAAUACUUACUUGGAUUUCAGGGUCUGGGUGGUUAGGAAAUUAGGGAAAAUCAUAUGCAGACCCCAUAGCAUUCUCAAGUGUGACUGCUUUGAGCAGAGAUUUGUUUUUUCUGGCUAAGAGGAAAACAGAAAAGUGCCCAUUAAACUAUUGUAUCUAUUGUAUAUUGAUUAUAUGGCCUUCCUCAUACCUGGAGAGAAACUGCUAAGAUCCGUUUUUCCCCAGCUUCUAGUUAUCAUUCUUGUCCAUAAGUGUCAUUUCUGAUGUCAGUGACUUGGAAAGGUCAUUUCUUUUAUCUGAAUGAAAAUAGUGGUAUUAAGACUGUGGAAAUUAUGUAAAACCUGAAAUAGUUUUUAAUAGCACCUGAGAGUUGUAAAGCUCCUUAACAUUAAUUACUCAUAUGCCAAACAAACCUCUUAUUUUCUGUGUAGCUGUGCAUAUUUAAAAGGUUAAAAAUCAUUUCUUUGACUAAAUUUUUUCACAUAACUUUAGCAUUUUCUAGAUAAUAACCAUGACUGGAUAUUUCAGUUGAACAAAAACAGUUGUAACCUGCCUUUUGUUUUUUUUAAGAUCACUGGAAACUUGAAUUUGAUAAAAAUUUUAUGCCGCUUGAAGUUUCUAAAGUUAUAUUGUAUGAAACAUGUAUUGUGUAAAUAUUUGAUGCUGGGUUCAUGAAAUGAUACUUCUGAAAUCAAAACUUCUCUUAUGCCAUGAAGUUGCAGAAACCUCAGUGUGUAUACUCAGAUAUUCAAAUGGUUGCCUCCAUAGCAUUGUCUGCUUUUUAAAACUGGAAGUACAGAAUUUUCUUCUGGUAAAAGUUGUGUGUUCCUCUAAGUUGUAGCUGGAGGAAGUAUGCUGUUGGAGAAUGGGUUAGUGUGGGACAAGUUGAUUAAAGAGCAUCGAUGUUGCAACGUGCCUUUGUGCCAAGGCAGAGCAAUUUCACUGCAUUCCUCCAAGUGGGGUCAGAGCUCUAGUUCUUGUUUAAUUAGACUCCAAAACAAGGUCUAAAAGUUGAAUGCAGUUAGAGAUUGCCCCUAAAUCUAGUACAUACUGUAUUAUACCACUUACGUGUUGAUUGCCUUUUCUCAAUUGCUUCAAACAUAACACUGUCACUUGAGCUUGAAAUCAGACUUGAAUGAAUUAAUUACUGUUGGAAAAAAGACGCCCUGUGGAAUUAAGUCUCUUUUUGAUUAAAGCCUCAUUUCACUUAAGUGCUGAAAACUCAUUUAUUUUUGUUUCAAAUACUACCUGUAGUUGUUAUCAGCACUAGUAUUCUGCAGCUUGCUUUCCUGGGAUUGGGAAUUCGGGACUUGACGUGUAGUAUAAGAUCAGUAUGUGUACGUUUUGCUUAUUGGUAUGCUGUGAUCUGAGGGAAUCUGAAAUGUCUUACCAAAAUAAAGCUUACAUUUUUUUUCUUACACUGAAUAAAAUUGAUUGAUGUUA